AUGGUGGGCUCGCUGCAGGCCGUUUCCAUUUUCGUGUUCACUCUGUCCAUCACGACCAUCGCCCUCGACCGUUACCAACUGAUCGUCUACCCGACUAAAAAAAGCUUCCAGCUGACGGGCGCCCUGCUGGCCCUGCUGGCCCUGGGCGGCAUCUGGAUUCUGGGCGUCGUCCUGGCCCUGCCGCUCUUCAUCGUUUGCACGCUCCAGCACCACGACAUCCCCAUCCCCAAUUCGCCCAUCAGCUCCGUCGACUAUUGCCUGGAAGAGUUGCCCAACGAGCGCGGCCGAUCGCUCUACUCCAUCGGCAGCAUCUUGAUCCAGUACGCCCUGCCCAUCAUCACAGUUUCGGUGGCUCACGCCCGCAUCUGCAACAAACUCCAAGUGCGGAUGGCAUCCAUGAACCAUCAACAGGCCACCCGCCAACAACAACCACAACAGCCGCCGCAGCCGCUGCUUAAUAACGCUCCCAGUCCCAGUCCCAGCACCAGUAACGGCCACCGCCACCCUGCUGCAGAAUUCAGCCGUGAUGACGGCCAAAGAUUCGGCUGUGACGGCCGACAGCCGGGCGGCGGCCCACGAAGAGAAACUCACUGCUGGCUCCUGAUGAACACGUUCAACGUCGUCGUGGGACGUCACAAGAUCGGGGCUUCGUUCGUGGCCAGGAGCAAGAACAACUUGAGGGCGACGACGCAGAGCAUGAGGCAUGGGGCCAAGAUGGUCGUCCAGCAGCAGACGGCCAGCACCGGUAAACGGCCCGACUCCAAAGCGGUGGGGCUGCCCUCAUCGCCGGCGGUGGACGGCGCUGGAUCAUUUCAUGUCGAGAGUCCCGCGAGAGCUGCUGUCAUGCCCCGGCGUCAGCACGGCUGUGACGAUAUUGCCAUCGCCCACCACCGGUCUGCUGUAAUCUCAUUUCCGGACGGAAGUGACGGUGGUCACCCACCUGGUCCCGGACCCAUCGCCUACAGCACCUACACCUUGUCCGGCUGUCACCGUCUAUCACCGGGUUAA